GCUCACGCUGCGCUGCACUGACCUCGUAAAAAAUGUCGGUCUCAGUCAAGUAGCGGUACGGUAUGGUUGCAUCUUUGGUCUGCAUCAUCAUAGGGAUAUACGGUACCGGUAACUAGUGGUCUGCUUGCAGUUAGUUGGGCAGUGAAUUAACGCAUAGCAGUCUCGCAACCCCACUCCCGGCCGGCCGCCCGAGCGCUCCAGUCCUGGGAUUACUGUCUCUCGAGCUCCUUGUAACUUGCAGAAAUUUGCUGCCUGUCUGCUGUAGGAGGCCUACACAAACUGACAUAACAUCAUCAAUUUCAAAUUCAAGUUGCCAUUGUUUUCAGAGGAAAGCGGCGACACCUACUAAUACUACGGUGCUGGGUGGUCUACUACGUUGUCGAUCAAGCAUUCUAUUUUUUCUAGGCCUAAAAAAUUCUACAUGAAUGUGAAUUAAAUAAGGCGAGACAUUGGAGAAUAAGGUUUAAGUCUGCAAAAUUGGAAAUUAAAAGUUUGAUUGUAGACUACUGCAACGAUUCUCAGAAAAACAUGGCUAUGUUCACUGUGUCAUAUGGUGGUUUAGAUGAUAAAUUAAGUGAUCGUCAAAUGGCAAAGGAGAGAUCUCAGAUGCACUUUGCAGCAAGUCAGGGUCAGCUGAUGGUACUUCAUAGUCUGAUAAAAGAAGGAGCCAGUGUGAACAAGAAGACUAGUAUGGGAUACACCCCUCUCCAUGAUGCAUGUUGGACCAACCAUUCAUAUUGUGCCACUCAUCUACUAAAGGCUGGAGCAGAGGUUGAUGCAAUGAGUUCAGAUGGGAAGACUCCCUUGUCAUUAGCAAGUAGUGUCGGAAGCAAAGAUUGUGUUAAAUUACUCAUGGAUUGGAAGGCAAAAGUCAAUGUUGAAGAUGAAUCUUGUCCUUCACCAUUGCAUGCAGCUGCAGUAGCAGGUCAUCAUGAAUGUGUGGAUUUACUAGUUGAUGAAGGGGGGAAUGUAAAUGGUGAAAAUCCUUACUAUGGGACACCUCUUCAUGCAGCAUGUGGAAAGUCAAGCAAAGAAUGUUCUUCUUCUUUAAUAUCAUCAGGUGCGAAUGUAAAUGCAUUGAGAAAGAGAGACCUUCAGACUCCUCUCCAUGUUGCCGCUACAGUCAAUUGUGAUCAACUAGUGCAUUUAUUAGUAUGUAAUGGAGCUGACAUCCAUGCAAGAGACAAGCAAUCUAAGAAGCCUAUUGACCUUGUAGACAAAGAGUCCAGUGCACAUACAUUAUUACAGACAUUCAUGACAAACCCAGAAAGCCUAAUAAGUCUAUGCAGAAAUCAGAUUCGCACUUCUCUUGGCCCGACUGCCCCACAGAAUCAAGUCAAGGAUUUGAACCUCCCUCAGCCUCUCAAAGAAUACAUCACUUACACAGAGAAGCCAUCUUCAUUCUAGAUAUUAUCUGAGGAUCUAGAAUCAAUCAAAUCUAAUGUCAUUAGCAGCGUGACAGACAUUGGCUCUUCUUUUUGAACUCGUGACUUUCUGGAAUCAGACUAAUCAGAAGGCCAUAUAGUUAGGUAUGGAAAAACUCAAUGUUAAAUGAAGCAGCUGAAGAAUCAAAUCAAUUCUUUUGGACAUUAUACUCUUAUGUAUCUACCAUUCUUGAUUGUUACAUUAUAUGAUCGCCAUGCAACUCACCUCUUUUCUGUGCAACUUAUAAUUUUUAUUUUGAAAAAAAGAAUUAAGUUCAUUUUGAGAGAGAUCUGGAAAUCACAUUUCAAAUUUUAAAUCAAAACAUUAAAAAUCAUGUUGCUUUUAUUUUCAUUUGAAGACUGAAAAGAACAGACUUAUACUGAUAAAUAGAUAAGAGAGGAUAAUGAGAAAGAGAGAGAGAGAGUGAGGAAGAGAAGGGAAAGAGUUGGAGAUACAAAGACACACUCAAGAGAUGACAUUGUAGAGAGAAAUUAACUUGUGAACUGUAUGUAUAUCUCCCAGUGGCUGAUCCAGGUCUUAUAUAAAAAAUAUUAUGGGAAUAAGUCAUGCAAGCAAAACCUUUUUUUUUUUUUUGCUUGUCAAAUAAGCAUUGAUUUGGAGUGUGGAGAAUUUUUUUUUUUUUUGGGGGGGUGUUAAUUUUUACUCUACCAAAAUACCCCCGCCACCUUGGGAAAAUGAAAUCCUGGAUCCGCCCCUCUUGAUAACUCCUUUAUCCCUCUCCUUUAUUUUUGUAUGAAACUUUUCCUACAAAUUUUGCUGAAAGUCAUGCCCUGAUAAUGGAUUUAAAGACAUAAACACUUUUUGUACAAUGUAUGUAUUGUGAAAAAUGACCUAAUGGAUCUCUUAUUUCAUGUGUUUCACUGACUACAAUUCCAAAUAGAUUGAGACAUAUUGUCUAAAUUUGACCAAAUUUUCUUGCAUGGUUUUCCAAAUUCAGUAUUAAAAAUGUUAAACAUGUAUUAUAGUAGGAACUCUCCUUGAGCAUGGGCUGUGGGUCAAGGGUGGGGGGAACAAGGGUACAGCUUUCUGAGUUGUGGUACAUACAUAGGUCCCUAUAUGUAGUUUCUUUUUAUGAGAUUAAAUGUGCAUGGUUCAUUAUUUGAACUUUUACAUCUUAUUAAGUGCAGGUUUGAGGAUUUAUAUUUUUCAGGACAAUUAACAAACUGUAUUAACUAAUCUUGCACAAAAUUGUAGUCUCCAUAAAGAUACGAAUAUAUUCAACACUUUAAACUUUCUAAAUAUACAUAGUUUUGGGUUUGUGGGGGAUCAAUAUCUUAAAUCUAAUCAGCAAUAAUGGUAGAUGAUUCGUGAUUACAUAACUUUUUACUGACAGGGUAUAUGUAUGACAAGAGGGUCAUAUAAGAAAUGCUCACUGUAAUAAAUAAUUUCUGCUGGUUAAUUUACUUUAUAUGAUAAUAUUUUUAAAACAAUUUAGCAAAUGUUUAAUUUAAUUAAAGAGAUAUGCAUUUUGUUUGUGAUUAAUAUUAGAAAGCAAAGAAGAAAUAAUCAUGCCAUUCAUAUGAAUUAUGGUAGUAAACGAUCAACUUCCAACUUUAGUAAGUGCAAUAAUUAUAGUAAAAUAAGUGAUAGCUGCUUGGAAAGAUUUCAGGAGUUUGGUAUACCAAUAUAUAUAAAUGAUUUUUUUUUACUGCUUAAUGGACACCAAGAUUAAUCUUUGAUACUUGGAAUUUUAUUUCAUUUCCCUCCAAAAUAAAGCCAAAUGCCAAAGUGACAUAUUAUUGUAAAUAUUUAUAUCACAUCCAUAUGUUCCCUCCCUCAUCAGUCAUAUUGUAUAGAACACGAAUAUUUGGGUACUAAUAAAAGGGAAAUAUAUUGUAAAAGUGAAAAUCCUCUAGACUCCAUAAACCUUGAAGAAGUACUCACCCAAAAAGGGAGAGGGUUCUGCUGUGUCAGUGCUUCAGGUGAUGUGGUGAUCAUGUGGUAAUGUUCUUCUAUGUAAGCUAAAUAGUGUGCUUGGUGCAGGCGGUGCAUAUGUGUCUCUUUUACAGCAUCUGAAGGGGAGGAGGAGGCAACAUCUGUUAAAUGACAAGCAAUGUUACUCCUCAGUUAUGAAGGUUGUAAUUACUAAUUUACUGAUAAUGUUAAUGUCAGUGAUUCUCCUGAUACAUACAAGGAAGCAUGCCUGUGUUGUGCAGGCAAGAAUGAAAGCUAUAUCAGAGGAGCUGCCAGUUCAAUUUAAUAAUACAGAACGUGUCUUAUUCAUAACAAUAAUGGGAAAAUUAUGCCCUUUCUUUGCCUUUCACAUGUUUUUCUAUAUUCAUUAUCGUACAAAUGAGAAGUACCGGUAUAUACUCUACGCACAAAAUAACACAUUAUCUUUCUUAUACAAAAAAAGUUAUCUUGCAAUGUUAAUUAAGAAAGUAGAAUAGAAACUGUAAAUAUUCUGUUUAGCCUUAGGUACUUUGAAAUUCUUCAAUGUUUAUAUUACUGAUAUAUUAUGAUUCAUUACUUUUCAUGCUCAUUCAUAAUUCAGUGCAGGAUGACCUGUGAAGUAAAUAUCAAAUAUGUUGCAUGCUUUAACUUUCCCAUUGAUGGUACUCAAGUAUGCUUUAUAUCUUGACUGAGAACAGAAAAUACUGUAAUCACAAUCCUUGUUGCCAUGACUUGAGUCACAGACUUCUUUCAAUGGGUAAUCAAAUCUGCUUUUUUUAAGGGGGGGGGGUUCAAAUGCUCAGCUUUCCUUAAUUUGGAAUCUAAACCCAUCUCUCUUAUUAAGAACAAAAUCAGAUUCUACCACAGAAGAGUGUUAAUUGAUUGUGUAAACAAGAGGUAGUUUGAUAUCAUGGCUGAGUGAGCACUUCUGGAAUAAAUAGCGCAAAAUGCUAAAAUUCACUUGUAAUGUGGUAUAAAAAUUCUGACCUGCAAUCCUUGAAAAGCGACAGGUUUAUCUUUCAUAUGUGCUCACUCAUGCAUGACUGGACAUAUGAAUUCCAAUUUUACACAGAACUUACCACCUGCAGUAAUACUUCUACCAGGAUAUUCUAGCAUUUUGUGUUAUGUUUAGUAUGAUUAAUUGCCUAAGAUGAAGUUUUUUAUUUCUUGAUAAAACAUUUAUGCCGUAGUAGUUUCAUCUCAUGCUACAUUUGUCUCUUAAGUCUUUAUUUCAUCCUAACUUGACAAAUUAUUUUUCAGGACUUAGCAGAUAGAUGUUAAUUGAGUAGAGCUGAAUACUCUCUUUUUAAUUUGUAAUGACAAAAGAAUUAAUAAGAAUGAAUGGUGGUAUCAUAUACAACUUUCAUUCCUGAAAUAUAUGGAAACAAGCACAACUCAGUCCAUGGAGCAAGCAAUAAAAUCUAAAUUUAAAGAAAAAAAAUGAACUAAAUUAAGGUUCAGUUGCUUUCAUAGUAUAUUACAAUGUGCAAAGUCGUACUGUAUAUAACACAAAUAUGUGAGAUGAUUGUCUUAUCUAUGAAACAUGACAUUUUGAAGAAGAAAAGUCCUGAAAUGAUGAUUUAUCAUGGUUUGCUUCUGAUUUUACUCUUCCAUUCUUGAAAAAUGGCAACAGAUAUAUAUAUGUGACAUUGUUAUUAAUGAAUUUUGUGAAUUCAUUAGUAAAAUAUCCGUAGGAUACAUCUGUAAGUGUUCAUUUUUGUUACAACAUGAAUAUUUUGUUAGAACAGGGUAUAUCAAUAAAUGCCUUAUUUUAGUAACAAUGAUUUGUCUCUGUUUUAAGAGGGCAUGUAUCACAGGGUACGAGUCGCUAGUGUCCGCACAUGAUUCAGUACUUCACAUUUUUGCCUGAGAAAUUAUUAAACUAGGUCUAUUCAAUUGAUAAUACCUUGAACUCCAAUUGUCUGUUUAUGGUCCAAGUGGGUAUUCCAUAUUGCAAAUGACAGUUUCUAUGACUUGUUCUUCAAAAUAAAUUAUUGCAAAGAUGAACAGUCAUUGCCUGAUAUAUAUUAUUGUAACUUGCCACUAUUCUCCAUGAAAUGCUUGAGUUUGAUUAGCCAUUGCUGUUACCAUGGUAGUUACAAUGAAAAGAAGUUUGAUGCAACAUAAGUACACUUCAUGUCAGUCUUGGUAUACUAUUACAAAUAGACCUACUUCAUACCCUUAUUACUUUGCAACUGUCUAAACAGGUGUUGAAUGGUAGAAUGUGAAAAUGUAUUUUCCCUGGCAUUGUGAUUGCUUCACAUGAUUGGAAUAAAUAGUAAUAUAAGUGCCCAGAUGUGUUGUUAAUAACCAGGUAAUUAUCAUUAUAAUGGGAUCAAUGAAUGAUUUCUAAUUUGGUGUUGGACACUGAUGUUUUGGUUAAUGCAAAACUCACACCAAACACAACAUCCAUCAUAUAACAAACCUGAUAUAAGGUUGAUGCUAUGAUAGAUGUAACUUGGUGUUGAUCUAUCAAUGUUAAUGAUUUGUUCAUAAUUCAAAUUCUGCUUUGGAGCUAGGUUUAGUGACCUGAUAAUUGUUUUCUCAAUACCACCACUAACAUAAACUUCUACUUGAAAAUCACCCGUUGAAGCAACAUUAUAUAAAUGUUUUCCUGUUUAUUUUAUACAUGAUAUACAUGUUUACAAUAUGCACAAGUUUAAGUACUUCCUAAGUGCAGCUGUGUAAGUAUAAAUCUUUUUGUUAAAAUGUUCUAGCCUUGGAAGUCUUGAUCAAAGCAUCGUCCUAAAAAGUUUAAUCUUACUUUGUAGAUAGAUUAAUUUAGGGUAGGGGUAAUUUUAUACUGCAAUAUUUGAAAGGAUUUUAUCUGUUUUAUGUUCAGAUGUCUGUUUCUGUACUUUUCAUAUAAUUUCUUGAUCAUGUCUAAGCUAUGCAUGAUAAAGUCUGAAAUGGGACAACUGAAAUUAUUACUAUAUGUAUGUAGAAAUCAAUAAAAUAUAAUCUGUA